AGAUUGGUUUUUCUUUUCUUCCAGUUCACCGCCGGUUAAAAGAAGCGGGGGUAUUAUAGAUUUAUAGGAACCAAAAAAGAACUGUGUAGGCCUGUGUUGGGCUGAAUUUAAAUGGGCCAAUGAAUCUUUGAGGCCUUUUGUUUAAGUGGUGGUUGUGAAAUGUGAACUGUGCUGCAGCAUCUUAUUUGUGGUAGCGAGUUGAGAGACAGAGAGAUGGUAGUUUCAGUUGCAGAGGUAGUUGGUGGUUGGAGGUUGUUCUGUCGAUCAGGGUGUUACCAGAAUCGGCAAAAGCUUAACCAGCCAAAGACGCCGUUGUUCCUGCGAAACGCAAUGCCAGUUCGUUUUACUUUAAAUUCAAGGACGAGGUGGACUUCUUCUAUUAUUGCUCCUCGAGCUGAAGGCCCCCAAGCAGGAGAUCAAAACCCCGAAACAUCUUCUCAGGAGGACUUAUGGUAUGUGGGGAAACUGGUGGCGGGUUCAGUUGCCGGUGCGGCUGUAAUAAAGUAUGGCAGCGCUCUAUUCCCUGAGAUAACCACACCCAAUAUAGUGUUGGCUCUCCUUAUCAUCACAGCUCCUGUGCUUCUUGCUGUUGUUCUUUUGAUCAAGGAAAGUCUCCUAAAGUCGUAACCACAUUCAUUAUUCCUCUUAUGGUAAAAUCAUGGUAGGAUUAUUGCAUUGCUUCUCUUGUGCAAUG